GCCAGUCAGUCAAUGCCAUACUGUGAAAGCUCUCGGUUAGUCGGUCAAUUCGUCAAUUCGUAAACUCGGAUCGGAUGGAUCUAGCUCUCGGAAAUAUUGUUAACUGCUGCCAAUCCAGGUCAGGUGAAGAAUGGCACUAAAAGUCCUUUUCGUGGCGGCAUGCACCCUCGUAUGGUUGUACUGGCUGCAGGUGCCCAACGUGGCCGAGUCGUUCUCCUCCGUCACGUGUCGCCAAUUCGGACGAGUCGAACGAGCCGUGCUGUAUGACUUCGUGACCUACAGUGAGCAGAUGGAUAAGUGGAUGAGUAUUGUAUCGUUCAUCGCAAGCGAUCAUCGUCCAUUGGGCAUUGGUAAAACAUACAAAACUGUCAUAGAUUCUUCCACAAUACUGCACUUCAACGUAACCGACUACAUUCCAUACCAUCACAUCGCCCUGGAAUCCCGAACGGACUUCCUCCGGCCACGCCUGGAAUUUUGGUUCUUCAGCCACCGCAAUCGGCAGCCAUCAUCCGCUACCGGUGAUAAACCACCGACGGAGCGACCUUCUGUGCCAAAUGAGCCACAGAACACCAUCAUCAUCGAUACCAGAAGCAGCAAUAACUACAGCUACAACGAAAGUUUUCCCAUCGAACUAGCCCCGGAUCCGGAGUCGUCGUCGUCGUCAUCGUCCACGAAAUUGCCACCGCAAACGGGUGUUCAUAAUGGCGAUGGUGGUCGUCAGCAUCGCCAUCAUCAUCAACAUCCUUGCGGUGGAUGUUGCCGCUGCAGUGCUUGUCGGCAAGAAGCAGAGCGUCAACCGGAGAAGCGCCGCAAGGUCAUGGAUGACAGGUGCGACGGAGCCGGGGAACCCACCGCAAAUGUCAUUAGUGGCAACGUGGAGCACCAUCGUUCCCAUCAUCAUCAUCAGCGGCAGCUUCCAGCCCAGGAUUGGCUACAGCCGGAGAACGGCCGGAGUAGCCUCAGUUUGAAGUUUUAUUUCAAGCAUAAUUCAUUUUUAUUUCAGCACACACUUGGACGGUUACUACGAACAAUGGUGGAACGCCACUUUCGUCGAUCGCUUCGCCAUUUGGAGCUGAUUCUGAACGAUAUGGAAACACUUAAUCGGGCCCUAUAUCGAUAGCCUAUGCAGCCAUGCUACAUACUAAUAUAAAAUAUCAAAUCCACUCAGCUAAUGGAUUUUCCGUCGGUCGUUGGAUGAUUCGUUGCAGAAGAGGAGCGGCCGUGGCAUUGAACACCUGCUGCAGCAUAUUGGUUACCAUCUGUAAUGUUUUUUUCUCGAUGAAAAUUCACAUUUUAUUGAUGAGCGACAGCUUACCUUUACUAAUCCCCCAAGUCCAUCGGUUAUUGAGCCAGGAUCCAUUCUGUACCGAGAAAGAAUAUUUGUCUGUAUCAAUAAGCAGUGAAGCCCAUACUAGAUGCAAUCAGUAUUCAUGUUUGUCCGCAUAACAUUCGUUCCGCAUUGAUUAUCAUCAUUCAUGAUAUAUAAAAAAAUAAAACAAAUGCUAUUAACUUUAAUCGAUCCAUUAAGGCCGUUACAAAUAUUUAAUAUUUUUUGUCCAAGUGGUGGAGGAGUGGAAAAUGGAAAAAAUACAGUGAUCUCCAUGAAAACUGAGCAAGAAUAAACAUUUUGAGCCUAAUUUCUUCUUUAUAUAGAAAUCGACAUAUUAUUACUUCUGAAGCUUUAAGAAUAAAGGGUGUACGGAAAAAAUGCAUCACUUUCAAAUGUCGAUAACAUUUCGCCACCUGGGUUAAUUGUAAUAAAACUUUGUGUACAACGGU